UUUCUUUUCUUUGUGAAGAGACCUGGGUGUUAAUGGUACAGGAUUGGGUACCAUUGUACGGCUUUGGCGGUCUGUUAGUAAAGCUCAGGGAUGCCUGUGGAAAAAAAGUAGAAGGUGUAUUUACAAGACACAGCCAUGGAAACCUGGUCAGUUGAUCAGGUCUGCAGUUGGUUGGUGGAGAAAAACUUAGGAGAGCUAGUUCAUAGGUUUCAAGAGGAAGAAGUAAGUGGGGCCGCUCUUCUAGCACUUAAUGAUCGGAUGGUUCAGCAACUGGUAAAGAAAAUUGGGCACCAGGCUGUUCUGAUGGAUUUAAUUAAAAAAUAUAAGCAGGAGAGUCAAAGACUGGGGUCCCUUGGAAGCCCUAGAGAAACAGCCCCUCAUGCUCAAGCAGGAGCAGACCCAGAGGAUGAAGAGUCCCCUAGUCCUGCCAACCGUGGGAAGCAGACACCGUCUUUCUAUGCAGCCAAAAACCUUGAUAAUGGACUAAUUGACCAAAGAGUACUGAAACAGAGAAGGAAUGUGAAACAUGUUCUAGCAAGGAAUAAAGCAUUGCAAUGGACUAAGUCCUAUGUUUUACCAGAGUUUCCCUAUGAUGUCAAAUGCAUGUUAGCAGAACAGAAGUGUCCCGAUCACAGCAUGAGGAUAAGGAUCAUUGAGUUUCUCCAGGCCGACAUGACUAAGUAUCUGGAAGGCUCACUGUAUCCCAGCACCCAGCAGUACAAUGAUGUGGUCAACGCCUUGCUGCAAGCCCACCCUUUCCUGGACGAGGACGGCUGUGGCUUCUUUUUAUGGAAACGAGCUCUCAAAGAUCGCUUUAAAUAUGUUCGGAGACCCAUAGAAGAUGAUGAACAAGUGAUGAGAAAUAAGUGUAAAUUUGGACACCGAAGAGGCCAGACGAAGAAAUCUCUUACCAGUAUAAGCUUUGAUGAGGUUAAAAUUGUCCAGAUAAAAGAAGAAACUGUUUGUUUAGAUUCUGAGGCAGAUGAACACAUUAUCUGGUUCCAGCAAGAAUAUAUGAAAACAGAAAAGGACUGGAAAGAAAUUGAUAAGAGGAUGAGUCAGACUUUGGAAAUAAGAAGAAAGUUGAUUGGCAGAACACCUCUGAAGGACAUUCUUAAAAUGUUUCCUUUCUUGAAGUGCCCUUAUCAGAUGUUCAGAGAAUUCCAACUUCUUACGAGAACAGAUAUUUAUAAGAAAACAAAGCACAUUCUGGAAUCCUAUUCAGAAAAUAUACUGACUUCUUUUUCAGUGGUGGAUAAUCCAAUCAAUAUUGCAUUGCAAGAAAAAAUGAAACAGCACACAAAUGAAGACAUGUUGAAACAUAUGAAGAUGACAGCCACAUGUUUGCUCCUACCAGAUGUUUUUGGGGAUGAUCCCAGCCUUUUUGUCAUUGUGAAUGAGAAGGUGCAAGUUUCCACACCCGUGUUAGAAGUCAAGAAUCCUUUCAACGUUGAUGUCUGCGAAUUUUCUUUGUAUUUAGAAAAAGAGAAGCUCACAAGGGUAGACGACUGUGUUACGGCCUUGGCUGCUCUCAUAGCUGCCUUCCAUGUAUUUGGAGUUGAGUGUCCAAGAAGACUGUCCCAAACCCUCAACUUCCUAGAGACGCUGAUUUUUGAUAUGCACAGUCCCUAUUUUCCUUCUAUGAAAGAAAAGUUAAAGGAAGUAGGAUUUCAACACCCAGUUACUUAGUAGCAUGCCAAAUAUUGCAUCAGAAUUGAUGAUCUCUGGGACAGCUAAAAUUUUAUUAAAAAAAUUGUUUUGACUUAGCAUUGUAGUAGAGGUAGGUAUUAGAAAAUCAUCUUGUCUCAAAGAUGCAAAUCAAUUUCAGUACCUUCUAUCUUUAUGCUUAGAUACUGAAAAUUGUGAAAU